UGAUCUCACUCCGACAUGAAACAGCUACUAGUAUUUUUGUGGCUCGUCGUUUUAGCUCACAUGCAAAACCUCGAUGAUUCGUCUAAAAGCGAUGAAGCCUCUGAAACCAAGACUGUGCAUAUAGAGCGCAUCAGAAUCCACGGAGAUCGGCACUUCAUGAAGGCUGUUACCCUCAUACACGAGGAUCGAUUUCACUUUGAUAUCUAUGUAAAGCUCGAUCGAGAGCUGGGCAGCAAUUAUCUUAUUAUGAAUAUUAACCUGCGUCGAAAAUUGGAGAACGACAGGGAUUUUAUAAAGCUUUUCGAAGUGAAACACAUGGAUUUUUGUGCAUUUCUCAACAAUCCUACCUAUAGACAUUUCUUUAUGAGCUCCAUACAUCUGCGCGAGGUGCUCGAGUGUCCCAUACGCGUGGGCAACUACUCCAUUCUAAAUAUAAGUGUGAUUAAUGUAAUCAAUCCGGACGAGCUGCUCAAGGGCACUUACAAAUUCUUUACGGAAAUAGUCGAGGUCACGGGCGAGAUACCCAAAGUGUUUGCCAUGCAGUUGAUCACGCAAGUAAAAUGAGUUAUGCGACAAGAA